AUGGACCACUCCGCAUCGCUCUACGUUCUGAUCGUUUUGCUGUCGGUCGCCUUCCUCUACGACCAAUUUACGAAGAGAAUUCCGACCCGAAAGAACGAUGAACAAGGCCCAAACAUUGUCUUCAUCCAUGGCCUGGGAUCAAACCCCGACACAACGUGGCAAGCCAAAGCCAGCCCUCGUGAAGAAGCGCUGAUUAAUAACGAAAAGUUCGUGAACUGGGUCCGCGACUUCCUCCCCAAUGAUCUUCAGACGACCCAGCGAAACAUUCGCAUCUUCUUCUACAACUACGACACGUACUGGAAGAGAGACGCAAUAGAGUUUCGGCUUGAGAGCCUUGGUAAUGAAUUCCUAGAGGCGCUUUACAGUACACUUUACAAGUCUGAGUCGGCACUUGUUCAAGCCCAGCUCGACCAAAGGUUUGAAUUUAUAGUGGGAUCUACAAAGGCGGUUCUCUUCCUGGGCUCGCCACAUCGUGGAACCAGCUUCGGCAAGUGGGGUUGGAUGUUUGCUCAAGCUCUGCGGCCCCUUGGUUCAAAUCCAUCAAUCCUAGCGGACUUGGGGUAUGAUGCGUUUCCGUUGUACGACUUGCAUAAGAACUUCGUCAAGACUACUACUCGAAAGGAUUUGCGAAUUUUCAACUUUUUUGAAAAGCGGCCAACGCUAAUACUUCAAGUGUGGUUCGUUCAAUGGAAACAAUUCUCCGCCACGUAUGAGGCGGAAGACGUUCGAAACAUCGGUCUGCCUGUGGACCAUUACGGUUUGAACAAAUUCGGAUCCAGAAGCGCCGCCUAUGAGACCAUCAAAUCGAAGCUUCUCGAAGUAACCAAGGACCUAGCCAAGCAGGCAAAGCACCACUACUCCGUUCCUCUCGAGAAGGUAGACACUUACACCGAGCGAGUCAAGGUGUCCAAGGAACUUGAAGACAAACUGGAAUUACGACGUGAGAAAGCAGGCGUCCCGCAUGCAGCUGUUCUUCACGGCUUGGGCGGCAGUGGUAAAUCCCAGAUAGCGCUGGAUUACGCUCAGCGACAACGAGAUCGAUACAACCCCAUCCUCUGGCUCGAUGCGACGGACCAGGAGUCAAUGCGAUCCAGUUUCAAGAGAUGCGCUACAGAGCUCCAAUUAUUGGACGAGCGUGCUGAGAACCAAGGAUCAUUAUUCGAAGAUUCAGCCGUCCAAGCAGUAAACCGAUGGCUUCACAAUAGAACGGAGGCGGACGAUGAAUGGCUUGUAAUAGUCGACAAUGCCGAUGAUAUCAGCUGGGGCGUCAAGGGAGUUAUACCGAAGGGUAAACGCGGAUGCAUCAUCAUAACCAGCCAAUACGAUCUAUGUACACAGCUGCUUAACAAGGACUGUGGCGAGAUUCGCGUUGGUAAUAUGUCACCGACGGAAGGAACGAGGCUUCUCCUCAAGCAUCUGAGUCUAGACGCGGAUUCAGCUUCUGAAGAGGUUCAACGCUGCUGCAACGAGUUAGUGGCAAAACUUGGACGUCUUCCGCUGGCCAUUGAUCUUGCUGGUGCCUACAUCGGCAUCAACGCUACGCCCCAGGUUGCCCUGUCACAAUAUCUUGCUGAUUAUGACAGGCAUCACAGUGAGCUUCUCAAAAUGGAUAAAUUCCAGGGACUGCGACCGACGAAAAGGACUGUGUGGACAGUGUGGAACGCCACAUUAGAGAAGAUCAGAAAGGAUAAUACGACUGGGAGCCCUGACUUGCUGCUAACGCUCCUUGCACAUUUUCAAGGCAAAGUUGUGCAGGAGGAGAUUUUUCGCCUUGCAAGUCUAGGCAUGGCAAAGGUCAAAGCUGAGUUGAGCGAGACAGAUCAGGUGGUAUUGCAUGAUCUUGAGCAAUUUCUUUCGCUCACAAAUGACGGGUGGGAUAGUUUCCAAUACCGACAGAGCCACGAAGUCUUGGUGCGUUACCACCUACUGCAGAAGGUGGAGAGGACAGAGAAAGUGCCAUGGGCUGGCGUGACGAUGCAUAGCCUGGUACGGUGGAGGGCAAAGCAAAAUCACAAUGACAGACCAUGGCUUUGGUGGUACAAAGCACUUAUUGUGGCGGCGUGCGAUCAACUCAUUCGCGAAGAAAAAAUCGAGUUUCGUCGACACUUGAUCGUGCAUCUACAAGACAUCGACAAGGUAUCCACUGUCGAGGGCCAAGACACAGAGAGCUUUGAGACUUUUGCAGGGGAGAAGCUGGGUAUAAUAUACUAUGAUGAAGGCCGCUGGAAGGAGGCCGAAGAGCUAGAGGUUCAGGUGAUGGAAACAAGAAAGAGGAUGCUUGGAGAGGAGCACCCUGACACGCUUAAAAGCAUGAUCAACUUAGCUUCGACGUACACGGAGCAAGGCUACUGGAAAGAGGCUGAGAAGCUACAGGUGCAGGUAAUGGAGGCAGGAAAGAGGGUGCUUGGAGAGGAGCAUCCUGACACGCUUAACACUAUGAACAACUUAGCUUCGACGUACACGGAGCAAGGCCGCUGGAAAGAGGCUGAGGGACUAGAGGUCCAGGUGAUGGAGACAAGAAAGAGGGUGCUUGGAGAGAAUCACCGUGACACGCUUGAUAUCAAAAGCAACCUAGCAGUAACGUUUCAGAAGCAAGGCCGCUGGAAGGAGGCCGAAGAGCUGGAGGAGCAGGUGAUGGAAACAAGAAAGAGGAUGUUUGGAGAGGAGCAUCCUGAUACGCUUAAAAGCAUGAUCAACUUAGCUUCGACGUACACGGAGCAAGGCCGCUUGAAAGAGGCUGAGGGACUAGAGGUCCAGGUGAUGGAGACAAGAAAAAGGGUGCUUGGAGAGAAUCAUCCUGACACGCUUGAUAUCAAAAGCAACCUAGCAGUAACGUUUCAGAAGCAAGGCCGAUUGGACGAGGCUGAGAAGCUACAGGUGCAGGUAAUGGAGGUACGAAAGAGGGUGCUUGGAGAGGAGCAUCCUGACACCCUUAACAGUAUACACAACUUAGCGUCAACGUACAGCGAACAAGACCGCCAAGAGGAGGCUGAGGGACUAAAGGUGCAGGUAAUGGAGGCAAGAAAGAGGGUGCUUGGAGAGGAGCAUCCUGACACGCUUAGCAGUAUGAACAACUUAGCGUCAACGUUUUGGGACCAAAGCCGCAUAGAGGAAGCUGAGGAAUUAGAGGUGCAGACGUUGGAGGCAAGAAAGAGGGUGCUUGGAGAGGAGCAUCCUGACACGCUAAACAGUAUGUACAAUUUGGCUUACAUCCGAAAGUCCAAAGACAGAUGGGAGGAUGCUAUCGGUUUAAUGCAGGAAUGCGUAAAUCUGAGCCAAGAAGUUCUUGGUUUUGACCAUCCUCGUACAAAGGCUUCUUCAUCAGCUCUUAGUCGGUGGCAAAUACUGCGGCAACAGGAGUCACAGGGAGCAAGUGAGGCUAUCGUUAAAUAG